AAAUAAAACCCAAUCUUCUGCCUUUUGAUCGUCCUAGCACAUUUUCUGCGUCCAAUAUAAGUCAUUAAGUCUGCAUUGUGAUAGCUAAUCUAUCUGAUUUUUGUUUUGGAUCAUUUUCAUUCUCUAGAGAGGGAAAAAAAGUGUGAUUCUGCGUUGGAGUGGUUAGAAGUUGGGGGGAGAAAUGGGAAGGCUGUUUGUGAUCUCUCUUGAAGGAAGCAUCUAUAGCUGCAAGCACUGCCGGACACACCUCGCUCUUUCUGAUGACAUUAUUUCUAAGACUUUUCACUGCAAGCAUGGGAAGGCUUAUCUCUUUGAUAAUGUUGUGAAUGUCACAGUUGGAGAGAAAGAAGAGCGCUUGAUGAUUACUGGAAUGCACACUGUGGUUGACAUUUUUUGUGUUGGAUGUGGCUCGAUUGUGGGAUGGAAAUAUGAGGCUGCACAUGAGAAAAGCCAGAAAUACAAGGAAGGAAAGUUUAUCCUUGAGAGGUUUAAGGUGUUGGGUCCUGAUGGAAGCAACUACUUGUCAGAUCAGGAAGCCCUUGUUGGUGGAAGUGAUGCUGAUGAUGUCUGACUAGCCAUUAAUUAAACAUGGAAAGUGAUUGAAUGUUUUAAUUGUACAUUCUCAGCACCCUCUGUUCUUGCUUGAGUUCAUGAUUGGUACUUCCACCAUCCUAGAACAAUUUUGCAGAUAGUAUUAAAACACUGCCGUUUCUCUUACUAAAGUUAUAAUUCUAGCUUGUAUUUGAUUUUUCUUUA